AGAUGUAAGUAAGCAGCACCCAUGAGAGCGGGAUGAUUGUGAGCAGUGGGGAACUCAUGAGUUACUGCGAAGUGCUAAGAUCAAGGAUCGGAGCAAGGAUGAGACCAGCAGGAGAUGGAAGGCGCACCAAAAGGGGCAGACGCGAUUGAACAGUCGAAGGGAACGGUCGAAAGUGAACAUACGAAUAAAUACGAGAACUCUACAAUUGGCGCAGCCGGUAUUUGAAAUUAAAAGAACCUUAAAAGCUGGAAGAAUGGAUACGGAGCGUUGGCCGUUGGAGCCUUUCAACGACGCUGCAAAUUCGGCUGAUUUACGACGAGAAUGGGAAGAGUGGCAUCGUGCGUUAGAAUUGAUUAUAGGACUAAAGUCAAUUAAAACCCAAGAGAAAAAACUAACGUACAUGUUAGCACGAGGGGGAAGGGGCUUGCAGAGAAUAUUUUAUAAUUUGGCUCCAGUUCAAGAAGAAGAGAAAAUUCAAAGCGUUAAAAUACCUUUUCGGCCUAAAGAAACCCCUGUUUAUGACAACGCAGUAAAACGAUUGAAUAACUUUUUUGUUGGAAAGAGAAAUGAAAGAAUCGAAUUAGAAAUAUUUCGAUCGCUUAAGCAAAAAGGGGACGAAACAUUUAACCAAUUUGUACUCAGGAUUAGAACUCAGGCAGCAAAAUGUGAUUUCCAAACACGCACAGCGAAAGAGAUUUUUCACCAAAUUACCAUCGGAGCGAAAGAUGAAAGGGUGCGAGACAAGGGCAUGGAAAACUCCAUGGGGAUUGAUGAAUUAAUCAACUACGCCAUAAAUCGGGAGGUGCUAAUGGAACAAAAGCGGAAGAAUGCUGAGAGUAGCGGAGCAGAAACACAAAUUGCUCAUGUGCGUAGAGAAGGGGCAACAUAUUCUCGCGCUAACGCGUGUUUGCGUUGCGGAUCAUGGCGACACCAAGCAAAUGCGAAAGAAUGCACCGCGCGACAAUCACGCUGCAACAAGUGUGGGACCAUUGGCCAUUUUGCCAGGGUAUGCAAGAAACGUGACUACGAAGGACGCGAAAACACAAGAUACCAGUGGAAGAAACCAAAAGAGGCAAAUGUCGUCUAUGGAAAUAAGGAAAAUAAUUGGUCCAACAAAAAUGAACGGGAAGAGGAAAAACAAAGUGACAAUGGCAUCAUUACAUGUUUUGUUGAUUGUCUUCCAGUAAACUUUUUGAUUGACUCGGGAGCAGCGAUAAACACAGUAACACCAGAAGUAUGGAGACAACUAAAACAAAUUAAAGCUACUAUCGUUCAGCAUGAAGUAGACAGCGACCUCCGUAUAACGGCGUAUGCGACUAAACAACCGUUGAAACUACAAGGAAAAUUUGAGGCAUGGGUAAAAGUGAACGAAGCUAAACCUAAAGUGUACGCGCAAUUUUUCGUAGUAGAACAAAGUGGGAAAUGCUUAUUAGGGAAAAGAACAGCAGAGGCACUGCGUGUGUUAAAAGUUGGUUUGGAGGUAUUGCAAAUCGAUAAAACAAAGAAGGCUUUUCCUAAGUUUCCAGACAUUCAGGUGAAAUUGUCAAUUGAUAAAGCGGUAGUGCCAAAGAAGAUAUCUUAUUUAAGAGUGCCAAUAGCAUUAGAAGAGAAAGUUGAGCGAAAAAUCCAAGACAUGCUAGACACAGACAUAAUUGAACCGGUUAAGGGACCAGUAGAUUGGAUAUCGCCUAUGGUGGUGGUGCCAAAAGGGAAAGACGAUAUACGAAUAUGCAUCAAUAUGCGUGGCCCGAAUCAGGCUAUCCAUCGAGAACACUACCCACUACCAGUAAUUGAUACUUUACUCAACAAGUUGAGAGGUUCACGUCUAUUUUCAAAGUUAGACAUUACUUCGGCUUACCAUCAUGUAGAACUGCACCCUGCUUCUAGGGAUAUCACGGCGUUCAUGACAAACAAAGGGUUAAUGAGAUUUAAGAGAUUAAUGUUUGGCAUAAAUUGUGCACCGGAAAUUUUCCAAAGAAUUAUGUGCCAAAUGUUGGUAGGGAUCGAAGGUGUCGUGGUUUAUAUCGAUGACAUAGUAGUAGCAGGAGAAUCAAAAGAGCAGCAUGAUCAUCGUCUGAAGGAGGUCUUAGAAAUUUUAAAGAGGAACAAUGCUACACUUAAUGAAGAAAAGUGCACUUAUGGAGUGACUUGUUUAGAAAUCCUGGGAUACAACGUUAGUGCUGAAGGAAUAGCUCCGUCAGAAGAAAAGAUCGUAGCGAUCAAAAAUUUCAGGAAACCGGAAACUAAGGAAGAAGUUAGGAGUUUUCUAGGUUUAAUCAAUUUUGUCGGACAAUUUAUUCCAGACCUUUCAACAAAAUCGGAACCUUUACGGAAGUUGAUCCGUGGCGACACUAAAACAUUUGGGAAGGACGAAGAGAUAGCGUUUGAUGAGUUGAGAAGAGAGCUGUGUAAUACAGUAAGAAGGCUAGGUUUUUUUGAUCCUGGAGACAAGACGGAACUUUACACGGAUGCUUCUCCGGUAGGUUUAGGAGCAGUACUAGUUCAACGGACACAUGCAGGGGAAGCUCGCAUAAUUAGUUUUGCUUCUAAAGGUUUGACAAAAACCGAAAGAAUAUACCCACAAACCCAGCGCGAGGCUCUUGCAAUAGUAUGGGCGGUGGAAAAGUUCUACUAUUACCUGUUUGGAACACAGUUUACCAUUUUUACUGACCAUAAAACCCUACAGUACAUCUUUGAGGGGAAGCAUCAGAAUGGUAGAAGAGCUUGCUCUAGGGCAGAAGGUUGGGCGCUUCGCUUACUUCCUUAUAGGUAUGAAGUUAAGCACAUUCCAGGGCCUACUAAUAUAUCGGAUAUAUUGUCACGACUGUGCCCUGUGGCUGAAGACAAUCCGUUUGAUGAAAACACAGAGCAUUUUCUAUACGCUGUGGGCGACGAAUACGUUGCGAUAACACUACCUCAGAUUAAGGAAAGCACGGCUCAAGACGAAACGUUGAAGAAAGUUAUGGCAGCUAUUAAGAACCAGGCAUGGGAUCCAAGUUUGGCACAUUUUCAAGCCUUUGAAAAUGAGUUAGGAAUACUGGAUGGAAUCGUUGUUAGAAACGAUCGAAUUGUUCUCCCUGCUAACUUACGACGACAUGCAAUGCAAAUUGCUCACAGAGGACAUCCUGGUGUAGUAAGCAUGAAAAGAAAUCUAAGAGAACGAUUAUGGUGGCCGUAUAUGGACCGAGAAGUGGAUAGUUAUGUACGAGAAUGUGAAGGAUGCACAUUAGUCGCACCUUCGGGACAGGCAGAACCCAUGAUUAGGAAAACAAUGCCCGAGCGAGCUUGGCAGGAUAUUGCUAUAGAUUUCUUUUGCGCUAAAGAGCACGCAACGUUCUUAGUAAUAGUAGAUUACUACAGCAGGUAUAUGAAGAUUAUAGAAAUGAGCAACACAUCGGCAACAAAAACAAUUGAAGCAUUGGAAGUAGUUUUCAAAGAACAAUCAUAUCCAGAAACUAUCAGAAGUGACAACGGGCCACCAUUUUCAAGCGAAGAAUUUAAGGGAUAUUGUUGCAAAAAGAAUAUGCGGUUAAUUCAUACUAUUCCUUAUUGGCCCCAAAUGAAUGGGUUAGUAGAACGAAAUAAUCAAGGAAUAUUGAGAGCAUGGCGCAUAGCUAAGGCCACUGGAGCAUGUUGGAGAACAGCGAUCAAAGAGCACGAACAUAUGUAUAAUUUAACACCCCAUUCAACAACCGGCAAGGCCCCAUUAGAGCUGCUAACAGGGAGACCUGUUAAAGAUUUGUUGCCAUCGUUAAAAGCGGAUCCCAGUUGGAAUAGGGAUGAGAACGAGAAAGAUACCGAUGCAAUACGUAAAAUGAAAGGGAAAAUUUAUGCCGAUAAUAGACGGGGCUCAAAAGUUUCAGAGAUAUCAGAAGGAGACAUAGUAAGAAUUCGAAAUUAUGUUCCAGGGAAACUAGAAACAAGAUGGUCAAAGGAAAGGUACGAAGUCAUAAAGAAAGCUGGAAACGACACAAUUAUAGUUAGCGAGCAGGGAGUACGAUACCGGCGACCGGUUGCACAUCUUAAAAAGAUUGAAGCGCCAUCUACUAUGCACGAACCCACAAAUAAUUGUACCGCACAAAAUAAUAAUAAGGAAAAGGUAGACGUAGAAACUGCCAAGGCAGAGGGUACCAAUAGAGUAAAACGAAUUUGUAAGGUCCCUCUGAAGUAUCGGUAAAGCAACAUUUUUUUUUCUUAUAAAUUGGACGAGAAAAGGGAUGUAGAGAUGUAAGUAAGCAGCACCCAUGAGAGCGGGAUGAUUGUGAGCAGUGGGGAACUCAUGAGUUACUGCGAAGUGCUAAGAUCAAGGAUCGGAGCAAGGAUGAGACCAGCAGGAGAUGGAAGGCGCACCAAAAGGGGCAGACGCGAUUGAACAGUCGAAGGGAACGGUCGAAAGUGAACAUACGAAUAAAUACGAGAACUCUAC